AUGUUUUCUAAUAGAACAGCCCUUCGUUUAUGCUCGAAGGUGGCUUGGCCUUCCACCCGCACCGUUGCACUACCUGCGGCUCGUCGGCUGCAGGCCAUAGGCGUGCGAGCGCAUUCCACCAUUACCGCAAACACCAGACACCAAAGGCCAUAUACCCAGCCAGCCAGCCAACAGGCCCGACUAUUCUCCAAUUCAGCUUGUUUAUCACAAUCAAAUAGCAGCUACGAACCUCUCUCGCUAAAAGAAUACAAGUUUGAAGAUAUAAACUCCUCCUUACCCAAACAAGACCCUUCCUCGCCCUCCUCAAAGCCAAAUAUAAUCCUAAUCGAUGUCCGCGAACCACCCGAGCUCGAAGCUACGGGAAUCAUCCCAUCCGCUCUCUCCAUACCCAUCGGAUCCCAAACGGACGCCAUGUUCCUUACCCCAGACGAGUUCUUGACUCGGUUCGGUUUCCCCAAGCCAGGCGUGGAGGGAGGCGACAAUAACACUGCUGCAAAGAUGGUGUUUUACUGCAAGGCCGGCAUUCGAGCUCGCACAGCAGGUGAACUGGCUGUUAGGGCGGGGUAUGACGCUGAUAGAAUCGGGGUGUACGAUGGAAGUAUUUUGGACUGGGAGAGGCAUGGCGGGAAGGUAGAGAGGUGGGAUGGACCUGAAUAUUGA